AGGAGACGGGGGAGUGAGGAAAGAGCAGUGGGUGCCGCCUGGCCGCUUCUGCGCUCUCUCGCCGGCGGGCGGCAGGGAUAAAUGCCGGAUUCCGGACGCCCUUUCCCUUUAGUCACUGAGCCGAGGGAUAGGAGCGAGCCGAGCUACCGCCGCCGCCGCCGUUUCGUCCCAAACGAGAGCUGAGAUUGUCUUGGAUUGAACCAUGAACUGGCAUUUCUCUCUUCUCUUUGCUGCCUUGGCUUCAACGUGUAUGUGUUUCCCACCAAAUCCGCUGUCUCUUGAAGAACUGGGAUCAGACAUUGGGAUCCAAGUUUUCAAUCAGCUGGUCAAAACCAGACCUAAGGAUAAUGUUGUGGUUUCUCCACAUGGAAUUGCAUCAGUACUUGGAAUGCUUCAGCUUGGAGCCGAUGGGAAGACAAAGAAGCAGCUGACAACAGUCAUGAGAUACAGUGUAAAUGGAGUUGGUAAAGUACUGAAGAAGAUAAACAAAGCCAUAGUCUCAAAGAAGAAUAAAGAUGUUGUGACAAUUGCAAAUGCAGUCUUUGCAAAGACAGGCUUGAAAAUGGAAGUGCCUUUUGUAUCCAGAAACAAUGAAGUAUUUCAGUGCAGUGUCAAGAACAUUGACUUCGGGGACCGGCACACAGUCAGCGAUACUAUAAAUCAGUGGGUUAAAAAUGAAACAAAGGGUAUGAUUGACAGUGUCCUAUCUCCAGAUGCUAUUGAUAGUGAUCUGACCAGAUUAGUGUUGGUAAAUGCAGUGUAUUUCAAGGGAUUAUGGAAGUCACGUUUUCAGCCAGAAAACACAAAAAACAGAGCAUUUAAUGGAGCUGAUGGAAAGACCUACCAAGUGCCUAUGCUGGCUCAGUUGUCAGUGUUCAGAUGUGGUACAACAAGUACUCCUAAUGAUUUGUGGUACAAUGUUAUUGAGUUGCCGUAUCAUGGUGAAAGUAUCAGCAUGUUGAUUGCUCUGCCCACAGAAAAUACAACUCCUUUGUCUGCUAUUAUUCCUCACAUUAGCACGAAGACUAUACAGAGCUGGAUGACAACUAUGGUACAAAAGAGAGUACAGGUUAUUUUACCAAAGUUUACAGCAGAAGCAGAAACCGAUUUAAAAGAACCUCUAAAAGAACUUGGCAUUCGAGAUAUGUUUGAUCAGUCAAAGGCAAACUUUGCAAAAAUAACAAGAACAGAAAGCAUUCAUGUAUCACAGAUCUUGCAAAAAACAAAAAUUGAAGUUAGUGAAGAUGGAACCAAAGCUUCUGCAGCAACCACUGCAAUUUUAAUAGCCAGGUCGUCACCCCCUUGGUUCGUAGUAGAUAGACCGUUUGUAUUCUUCAUACGACACAAUCCUACAGGUGCAGUUUUGUUUAUGGGACAAGUCAACAAACCUUGAACGUGAGAAGAUUUUUUCCUUCUGAAGCAACUUUAAAGAUUGAUGCCCUUGUUCUGUUAUAUAUUUUUGUACACUAUUCUUUGGCUAGGAACUAGCUUUUGAGUGUGGUUGGUGAAUUAGGUUUUGAAAAGGAGUUAAAUAUGUCUGGGGUUCUUUGUGAAAAGUUAAAUGCCUUCUUCAAACCAGUUUAAGAUUCUUAAAAACUACUGAUUUAGACCCCUGUGCUAAUAAUUUUUGAAAUUUUGUUCCAAGUAUUUUGUUCUGUGAUUUGAGAAGUCUUUAACCAGAGUUGGAACUAAAGGGACAAGUUUGAUUUUUGUUUGGUUUGUACAUGCCCUUCUACUACUGCUAUUGCCAGUGGAGUAAUCUGAUGAGGCAUUGCCUUUAGAAAUAAAUUUAAUGCUUUAGCCAAUUUAUUUUAUAUUGUGCAUGUAUGCUAAGAUUUAAACAACUAAUGUCCCGAUUAACGCGUUUGCAUUGGUGUAAUGUAAACUUGUCCUUGCUAGUCUACACUUUCUAUGGAUUUAAAUUUUAUAUUUUUUGUACAAAGGAGAAAAAUAAAAAGCAUUAUGAACAGAUGAAAAAAGCAUAGUGUCAAAGUAAUCUUGGUGGCAAAUAUUUCAGAUAGUUAAAUAUGAACUGAGCUGCUGAGUGGAAGUUCUGAUGGAAUUGUGCUGUGCUUGCCUAAGUGGUAAUCAACUCCUGCAAAAAUGACGUGCAGUGUAGAAUACCUCUGUUCAGUCAAUACAGUAUUCUGAAAUGUUCCGAAUUGUAGUAUAACUACUGAAAAAUCAUGUCUUGUCAUCUCUCCCUGUAACCCAUGUGUACGUUAAAAACAAUCUGUAGACUCAUACAUGACUAAUGUAGUACCAUGUUAACUGUGGAAGAAAUUUCUGUUACUUGGACAUUGAAGCAUUUUUUAUAAAAUAACAAACCACUGAGUUUU